UCUCCAACUUCGCACAAAUUCGUGUCGAAUAUUGUCUGACAAAUAUUGAAAGGAAGAGGAAGGCGUGUGGAUUGAUGCGGUUUAAUGAACAACACAUUAAGCUAAUUAGGUCCAUGAAAUCUGGAUAAAAGCGAUGGCUGUGUGUGUAGCUGUCAUCGCAAAGGAGAAUUACCCUUUAUACAUCAAGACCAUUUCUACAGAGAAUGAGCUGAGAUUUUAUUACACGGUUCAUACAUCCCUGGAUGUCGUUGAAGAGAAGAUUUCCUCAGUGGGGAAAAAUUCAAAUGACCUACGAGAACUGUAUUUAGGAUUGUUAUACCCCACGGAAGAUUUUAAAGUCUAUGGAUAUGUCACCAAUACCAAAGUGAAGUUUGUAAUCGUUGUAGAAACGUCUAAUACAUCAUUACGAGAUAAUGAAAUUAGAAGUAUGUUUAGAAAGCUUCACAAUGGCUAUGUGAACCUCCUGUGCAAUCCAUUCUACACCCCUGGGGACAGCAUUUCCUCAUGCUCAUUUGAGAAGAUGGUGUCCUCCAUGAUGAGAGAAGACUGA